AUGAUUAUCUACCUUUUGGCAGCUACCGUCGGAGUGCUAUUUCUAACUUAUUACAUUUUAUGGCGAGUUCGACAAUAUCGUUUACGCGGCGAAUUGGGAUUGAGAGGGCCAGAGCCAAAUUUCUUCAUUGGCACAAUUUGGGUGUUUGUGAAGUUUUUCAAGGAGUUUGGACUGGAAUUCUCACCACGAUUAGCCACCGAACUACACGAGACAUGGGGAGAAACAUUUGGUUGGUAUAACGGUCCAUUUUUGGACAUUGUGAGUCGAGAUCCCGAAUUUGCGAAAGAAGUUUUCGUCUCACAAUUCGCUAAUUUUGUUGAUAGACAGACAAUUCCUCUAAAUGAUACUUUUCCAUUCUGGGAUGGAUUGUUGGCGAUCAGUGCCCAGGGACAUGGUGGUGUUGGAUGGAAAGAUGUACGUUCAGUUGUUUCACCUGUUUUCACCUCAGGAAAAUUGAAGAAGAUGCACUACAUCAUGCAAGAAAGAGUCGAUUCUCUCAUCGACGUUUUGAACAAGAAAAUGCACGACGGAAAAGCUGAUCUUGAGAUUUAUGACGAACUUCAAUCUUUUACAAUGGAUACAAUUGCUCGAUCAGCCCUCGGUGUGCCCUGUGAUUCGCUUCAUGAUAGAAAUGACAGUUUUUAUGUGGGCAGCCGGAAAUUCUUCCAGGAAUUCAGUCUUGAAUCUUCUCCAGUAUUUGUUCUUCUUGCAUAUAUUCUACCCACAAUUGCUCCACAUCUCCGAUUUCUCUCAAGCAUUGCUAAAGCCGAGAAACCAUUGCUUGAAAGAUUAAGAAAAGUGAUUCAAGAUCGUCGACGAAACUUUGAUUCCUCACGUGAAAUUGAUCUCAUUCAAUUACUCCUCGAACAGGAUUUGGAAAGACAAAAAGAUGAAAAAAAAGCUCCCUUAUCUGAUGACAUUAUUAUCACAAAUUGUUUUCACUUCUUGUUAGCAGGCUAUGAGACAACAAGCACAGCGUUGUCUUUUGCUUGUUGGUGUUUGGCAACAAAUGAAUCCAUUCAAGAGAGACUUUAUGCAGAAGUUAUCGAAACAUUUGGGGAAGAUGCGGAACUAGAUUAUGAAAAAGUGAUGAGAGCUCCAUAUUUGGAUUGUGUCUUCCGAGAAGUGCUCAGGAGAUAUCCACCAGUUGUUUUAUUCACAAGUCGGCGUUGUAUAAAAGAAACUACGGUGUUGGGACAGCGAGUCCCAGAAGGAGUCACUGUCACCGUGCCUGUGCACGCGAUUCAUUGGAAUGAGAAAUAUUGGGAUAACCCAAUGGAGUUCAUCCCUGAAAGAUUUGAAGAUCCAGAAGCGAGAAAGAAAACCUCAUGGCUUCCAUUUGGAAUUGGACCACGAAAUUGUGUAGGAAUGAGAUUUGCCGAGAUGGAGUUCAAAACAGCGCUUUGUGCUCUCGUGAGAAAGUUCAAAAUGACACCACAACACAAAGAUAUUGAGCUAAAAACCCGUCUGCAAAUGAUUUUGAUGCGACCGAUGGAAGGAGUGAAUAUCACUUUGGAAAAACGA